AUGGCUAGUCUUUUGGCGGGUAAACCUAAGGAAGAAUGGUCAGAGGUGUACCGCUCUAUUGGUUUUGGCAAUAAUAAAGAAAACCGACAAAUAGAGGACACUAUGAAGAUACUAUCUUUUAGCUACUAUGAUCUACCUCCUCAUCUAAAAACAUGCUUAUUGAAUCUAAGUGUGUUUCCAGAAGAUUUUUUCAUUGAGAAAGGUCCUCUGAUAUGGAUGUGGGUAGCCGAAGGUUUGGUUCGUGAGAAGCAAGGAAUAUCCUCAUUUGAGAUUGGGGAGGGAUACUUCAACGAGCUUGCAAACAGAAGCAUGAUCCCGUUGGUAGAGAACAAGGAAUGGGGUGUCACGAUACACAUUUCCAUUGGGAGCAUGAAACGUCACCCCCAUCUAGAGCAUCUCCGAAAUUUGCUUCACUUGAGGUACCUCCGGCUAAUUGGUUAUGACAUUGGUUAUGAGCUUGUAGAAGAAGUAGGAACUCUAAAGUUUUUGCAGACACUAGACGUGGAGGGAAUGCAGACGGGGCAUAUGGUAACUUUUAGCAUAGGCCUUCUAACACAGUUGCUGUGCUUGCGAUUUAGAGGCAUAGUUUGUAAAGUGCCAGAUGGGAUUGGUACGCUGACGUCCCUGGAGGAGCUGCAGGCAUGCUUUUUGGAAUCCGGGGAAGAGACAAUGACGAGAUUUGUGAAGGAACUGGGCAGCCUCAGGGAGCUCAGGGUGCUCUGCACUGGUGUGUCUUGUCGGUUGUCGUUCAAUGUGAGAUUACAAGUGGAGUCCCUGCGCAACCUCGAAAAGAUGGAGCAGCUGUCACUGAUGUCCUACGAUUCUAUAGCACCUGCAGAUACAACGGCAUGGGAAGCAGCUGGCUUCCUUCUCCCAGCACACCUCCAGCGAUUGAUUGUGACUUGGGUACGCUUCUCUCGGCUCCCAUCAUUCUACAUCAACCCAUCGCAUCUUCCCAAGCUCUCCCACCUGUCGCUGAAGGUGGUUGGAAUCGAUGAGCAGGACCUGAGAAUCCUCGGCGGUUUGCCCGACCUCCAUUUCCUCGACCUGGAUGUGUGCUCCACAACUAAGGAUGGAUUCGGAUCGGAUACGGAUGAAAUCGGAUCCAGAUGUCACAUUUUACCACAUUUUAAUCCGAAUACAAAUGCGAAUGCGGAUCUCAUCGGAUACGAAUACAAAACGGAUAGUUUGAAUCCGAAUUAG